AUGCCGUACCGAAUAAGCCUGCCGUACCGUACAACCCUGCCGUACCAUACAAGCCUGCCGUACCGUACAACCCUAGCGUACCGUACAAGCCUGCCGUACCGUACAACCCUGCCGUACCAUACAACCCUGCCGUACCGUACAACUCUGCCGUACCGUACAACCCUGCCGUACCGUACAACCCUAGCGUACCGUACAACUCUGGCGUACCGUACAAGCCUGCCGUACCGUACAACCCUGUCGUACCGAACAAGCCUGCCGUACCGUACAAGCCUGACGUACCGUACAACCCUGCCGUACCGUACAACCCUACCGUACCGUAUAACCCUGGCGUACCGUACAACCCUGCCAUACCGUACAAGCCUGCCAUACCGUACAACCCUGCCGUACCGUACAACCCUGGCGUACUGUACAAGCCUACCGUACCGUACAACCCUGCCGUACCAUACAACCCUGCCGCACCGUUCAACCCGGCCGUACCGUACAACCCUGCCGUACCGUACAACCCUGCCGUACCGUACAACCCUGCCGUACCGUACAACCCUGCCGUACCGUACAACCCUAGCGUACCGUACAAACCUACCGUACCGUACAACCCUACCAUACCGUACAACCCUCCUGUACCGUACAAGCCUGCCGUACCGUACAACCCUAGCGUACCGUACAAACCUACCGUACCGUACAACCCUACCAUACCAUACAACCCUCCUGUACCGUACAAGCCUGCCGUACCGUACAACCCUGCCGUACCAUACAAGCCUGCCGUACCGUACAAGCCUGCCGUACCAUACAAGCCUGCCGUACCGUACAACCCUCCUAUACCGUACAAGCCUGCCGUACCAUACAAGCCUGCCGUACCGUACAACCCUCCUGUACCGUACAAGCCUGCCGUACCAGGGUUCACCGAGCAUCAAACUUAAAUAA